GACGGCGUUUACGAGGAAAGGCUUUCUAUAAUGUAAACGGAAAGGUGUACUGUGAAGAGGACUUCCUGUAUUCUGGGUUCCAGCAGACAGCGGAGAAAUGCUUCGUGUGUGGACACCUCAUCAUGGAGAUGAUCCUGCAGGCUCUGGGAAAGUCGUAUCAUCCAGGCUGUUUCCGCUGUGUUGUGUGUAAGGAGGGUCUGGACGGCGUUCCUUUCACUGUAGUGGAAAACAACAUCUACUGUGUGAAAGACUACCACACGGUUUUUGCUCCUAAAUGUGCCUCGUGUAACCAGCCGAUCCUCCCAGCACAGGUACAAGAGGUUCAAGAGGAGACCGUACGGGUGGUGUCCAUGGAUAAAGAUUACCACGUGGAAUGCUAUCACUGUGAGGAUUGUGGUCUUCAGUUGAAUGAUGAAGAGGGGCAUCGCUGUUACCCGCUGGAGGGGCACCUGCUGUGCCACCGAUGCCAUCUGCACCGCUUAAAGACCCCUGUACCGACACACCCGCCCCCGAGCUACCCGCUACACGUCACUGAGCUGUGAACACACACGGACUCGCGCUGAAGAAGAGAGUGGUGUAACGACAAGCAAGAGGGUUAUUGCAUUCCCCCAAACAAUAAACAGGGAAAUCGGUCUACAUAUUUCCACUUGUUUGGGGUUUAUAUGACCAACCAGGGAGGCUUUUAUUAUUACUUUCAUCCCUCAUCACCUUCUUCCUCUCACGAUCCGGUCUGGUUCACUGUAUGGAGGGGUUCGGGACCCAGAAUGAGGUCUUCAGCACUGCCGCAUGGGACGUUUCCCCUGAAUGCCAGACAACAGCACUGAACACACACAGACUGAGAUUACGACUUCUUGUGCCUUCAUCGAGUAUCCCAUCACCUCGCUCACUGCCUUCGACAUGCACCAUUUCUGUUUGCGUGUAUGUGUGUGUUGUGCCGCUGUUUGUGCCAAGCUGCCCGGGUCUUUAAAGGAAC